CCGGAUUCCCAUCUUUCGCCUCUCCCUGCUCCACACCUCAUUGCGACUCGUUUUGUCUGCGCCAAACGCAGAAAAGGAGGCUGAUUGCAGCUUCAUCGACGCCCUUCAGCGCACCCUUGUUCACGCCGCCAUGUCGUCCGCUCGCCCAUUGCCGCGUGGCCGAGGAGCUACGCUAGGAUCUGGCAGCAUAUCAGCUCGAUCGACAUCCGUUGCCAAGGCGCUGCUGCUAAGCACCACACUUGCAGCCCAUCUACUAUCCAAAGCGUUCGCAACGCCUUUGAACUUUGCCUCGCAACACUUUGGAGCUCUGCCCUUUCCUGUGCCGGACGUUGCGGCAUGGAGUCGGGUGGAGGAGAUCGGGACUCUGCAUCAUGGUCACGAGCCAGAAGCACCAGAGAGCACUUUUCAGCUCGUGGUUGACAUGGUCUCCAUCGCUGGCUUGGUCAUACUUGGUGGUAUCUUUGCAGGCUUGACUCUCGGAUUGAUGGGUCUGGACAUGGUCAAUCUGCAGGUGUUGAGCACCAGCGGAUCAGAGACUGAGCAAGACCACGCGAGAAAAGUGCUCAAGCUGCUCGAAAAAGGAAGGCACUGGGUCCUCGUCGUGCUCCUGCUGGGCAAUGUUGUAGUGAAUGAGUCGCUGCCCAUCUUCCUGUCCGAUUUUGGCGGUACAGCGGCAGUCUUGGUCUCCACACUUCUGAUCGUCAUCUUUGGCGAGAUCGUCCCUCAGUCGAUCUGCGCGAGGCACGGCUUGGCCAUUGGCGCGUACUGCGCACCGCUCGUGCAUGCCACCAUGAUCAUCAUGGCUCCCGUCGCCUGGCCCACAGCCAAGCUGCUGGACUGGGCUUUGGGCGAAGAUCACGGGACGACUUACCGCAAGGCCGAAUUGAAGACGUUCGUCUCUCUCCAUCAACAGAUUGGCACGGAUGGACUGAAUGAGGACGAAGUGACGAUCAUUCGAUCAGUGCUGGAGCUGAACGACAAGACGGUUUCCUCGGUUAUGACACCAAUCGAGGAUGUCUACACGAUGAGCGCCGACACGAUUAUGAACGAAGAGAACAUCAACCACUUGGUUCAAUCAGGCUACUCCAGAGUGCCUGUGCACGAGCCUGGCAAACCUGAUGCCAUUAUUGGGAUGCUACUCGUCAAAAGGUUGAUCACGUACGAUCCAGAAGAUGCAAUGCCCGCGAGCUGGUUCCAAUUGACACCUCUGCCAGAGACGAACCCAGACCUGAGCUUGCUCGACACGCUCAACUACUUCCAACAAGGACGAAGUCACAUGAUUUUGGUGUCGACGAACCCCGGAGAAAAUCGCGGAGCCAUGGGCAUAGUGACGCUGGAGGAUGUCAUUGAGGAGGUCAUCGGCGAGGAGAUUGUAGAUGAGACGGACGUCUUUGUGGAUGUGCACAACAAGAUCAAGGUCGUUCGCAAUCGACCUCAACAAGGCACCUCGGCGAAUUACGCAGGCUUGGUGCAGGGCAUAAUUGAACGUCGACGCAAGUCAGGCAUGAUGAAGCGAGCAACACCGCUUAAGUCGGCGGGUACUGGAGUGAACAAAGUCGCUAUCAAGCGACCUGGCAGUCCCUUCUCCACCUCGAGCCAGGCCGGCGAAUCAUACACUCAGCCGAGUGGAUUAGCUGGGUUUGGAUCGCCACGCAACAAGGGCGCGGUACUGGACGCAGCCAGGCGAGCGUCAUCUACAGAUAGGGGAACGGGUAUCGUCGAGGGUCUAUCCAAAGCUUUCACUCGCACGAUGACAUGGCCAAACGCUCCAGAGGGCGACAACUCUUCUCAGGCGAACGGCAAGUCGACGCCUGCUGUGAGUGGCUCGAUAGGGGCUGCAGCGAACGAAGCCUCGCGCAGGAAUAGCAGCAGUCGCGCGAGCGGAUUGCCUGAUGGCUCUUAUAUCGUGGAGGUGGAUGGCGGUCGAACCACGCUUUUGGAGGUGGGCGAUAUUGCGGAACAGCCGGCUGCUGAAGAAGUAGCUAGGAUUAGAGCGGAACAAGAGGCGAAGCAACAAGCCGCAAGAGAGGCACAGGCCGAAGAGGCAAAGAAAGCCAAUGGGACCUUGAUAGGUGCAGCAGAAGAGCAAGAUGAAAGCAGACCGCUUUUGAGCGCUGCCAAGAGGAUGUUUGGGGCGACGGACGAGCAUGUGAACAAGACUCGGCCUGACCACGAGGCGUAGCAUUUUGCCUUCUCUGGGAGUGGAGCCUACGCUGUCGUUUAUGGCUCCACCGCCCAAGCCUUUGCCCCUUCCUAUCCUCGUAAAUUCUUUUGAGCUCAAGCCUGACGGACCCUUUACAAACAACUAAUCUACCCCAAAAGCUUCGAGCAAUGAUUCGCCGCGCUCGCUUUAGCCAUCACACUUUCGACGUCAUCACUUUUGCUCGAAUGGCAUCACAUAGCAACUUGCAGUGAC